GUUAUCGUGUACCUGGCAGCAGUGGGUCUUGCUCUGAGGCAUCAACAAAGUCCCCACAUUAAGGGAGACUCGACCCCAAAAACUCCCUCGUAGGUCCCCGCAGCGCUUGGUGGAGGCAGCCCCGAGGAUGGAGGUGGACGAGGACUUGGAGGCAGGUCUGCUGAGGCAAUUUAACUGCAUGCUGACCACUGACAAGGAAGUUCUGAUCAAAGAAUUGCAGACUUUGGUUGGGGCGCAUCUCAACGAACACACAGCCAGAUUUUACCUGGAAAUGAAUGACUGGAACCUGCAGGCAGCCGUGUGUGCCUACUUUGACCUGCAGUCGUUCAACAAGCUGCCUCAGAUGACCUUUGUGAAGGACAUCACCAUAGGGGAAGGCGAGAGUGUGCCGCCCUCCACCAAGUUCAUCAAAACGUGGCGCAUACAGAACACGGGCGAGGAGGGAUGGCCCAGCGGCUGCUCCCUGGUGUACACGGGUGGAGAGCAGAUGGGAGCACCACCCUGUGUGUCAGUGUCUCCGCUUGCUGCUGGGGAAAUGACUGAUGUGUCUGUGGAGAUGACAUCACCGGCCUGCACUGGUCUGUACUCCUCCAAGUGGCGCAUGACCACCGCUCAAGGCAGCUUCUAUGGGGAUACCAUAUGGGUCAUUGUUCAGGUGGACUCUGGAGGCACCUUGGCACUGAUGCAACAGAUGGUGAACCUCAAAGAGUUGGGAGGCAGCCCGCCACCCACCUCCAUCACCCACACCACCACCACCACCAACCCCUUUGCACCCACCCAUACCCAGCCUCACCACCAACCCAACGGCAACCUUAUCCCUCCACUACUACCCUCCUCACCCCCAAGACCACUCCAGGACCCGUCACUAGGCAUCCAAGGCCCUGUGCCCCCCUCUCUGCCUAAUCAAGAUGAGGACACAGGCAUGAGUUAGUAGUGCAGCAGAGUUUAUUCAAGUGUUGUUGUGUUUUGUCCCUUGCCCUUCCCCAUGUUAACCUCUUGUCACCUUUUCUGGCUUACUUAGAACUCACAGACAAUACCCAAGAAACCCAAGUACCAAGACCAAUUACUGAAGAGCACGCUGUCAUCUUGAAACACGUCCUGCUUAGCACUAGACUGCCCUGAACUUUGUCCCUGCAUUAAAGAAUCAAGUUCUCCAACAACCCUGCCCAGAAAAUAGAAACAAAAUACUGAAGAACAUACUGCCAUUUGGAAUAUUUCUUGCCUGAUACUCAACUGUCCUGAACUCCAUUAUCACAGAAGACAACCAAGUCCUUCAGCAGCCAAUUGUAAAGAUGUGCUGUAAUAUGGAGCACUUCUUACAUCCUGCAUGGCUGUCUAGAACUCAUGACAUCACAUAGCACACCCAAAUACCCAAACAACUGUACCCAGGAGAUAGAGAAAAUACUGAAAGCCAUACUGUGAAUAUAAAAUGGAGGAGAGCCAUAAAGCGUCCAAUCACCCAGGAAGAGUGAAAAUGGACAUUAAAUGAAAUGAUGAUGAUGAUGAUACUGUGAUUUGGAAUGCAUCUUAAUUUUACUCAACUGCCCAGAACUCUGAAGAUAUAUCAUGAACCCAAUUACUCCAACAUCUGCACCCAAAAUACUGCAAGAAUACUGUAAUUUGAGCAUAAAUGACAGUGAGGUGAUGGAAGCAAGCGAACCAAACUCAGCCAAUGCAAAAAGAAAACAAUCCAUAACUUAAAGGAUGAAGAGGAUUAUGGAGCAGCAGACAAUACUACCACUACUAGCGCCCAUCCAUCCCACUGACCCUGCCUUGGCCCAUCUCUUUUCACAGCAAGGUAUGGGAAGACUAGGGAUUAGAGAGAGGGGGGACGAGAACAGCUUCUGGACCAACCUGACUCAUGAUUAUGUUAGGGUUGGGGGCUAGGGAUCAGAGAGAGAGAGAGAUUUUAUGUUUACUCAUUGUCAUUUUCAAAGCACAUAUAUUUGUAGGAUAGUUAAAAAAAUAUUUUCCCAAUUCUGACAAAAACUGAGCUUUAUGAAGAGAUAACUUGAUGACCACGAGAUACAUAACUCUGCUGUAGAUCCUCAUGUAAAGGUUCAAUCUCAUAUUAAAGAUGCCUCUCCCCUUCCAUUAUAAAGGCUGUGACAGGUUCAGUUGAGGAGUAAAUGAAGUCCCCAAGGAGAGUAGCAUCCAUGUGUAAUGGUGGUGUUUGCUACUGUUGAAGCACAAGAAAUUGGUGUCAAAAAGAGGUUGAAAUAGAUUUGGAUUGCAACAACAACAUCAGAUUCAGCUUCAAAGCUGUGCCCAAGGGAGGUAGGAGGGUCAACCCUUUACGAAUAAGCCACUGAGGUAUCUCUUUGGCCAAGAGGAUUUCGGAACUUUUUUUGCAUCUGCUCCGUCAUUACAACUUUAACCCCUAAAAGCCGGGGAUGUGACGUGAAAUCAGUUCUCCCCGUAUGGCAGUGUUAUGACGUUUUCCUGAGAGUUGCUCACUUUCCAUUAUCAAUUUCACGGCUCUACCUAAGCCAAUAGCUUUAAAUUUAUGAGCAUUCCCUUUUCCAUCCUUCCUCUUCAAUCUGCCACAAACCCAAAAUCUCGACGUCAUGUGUAGUUUCUGUGGUUCUUUUACCUCGCAGCAGCCUGUAUUCGGCACGCUGCGUAGGUUGUGUGUGCCAUGGCAUAGCUGCGGCUCUCCCCCUCCCUGCAUGACACUGCUGCAUAGCUCCUUCAUUACCCUCAUAUUCUUAAAUUGAUAACCCUGAAGGGUGGCAGGGGCCUCAGUAUCACUUUCACCAUCACCAUAAUGAGAUUGAUCUACAGGAUGACCACCAAAGUGAGUUUGCACAAUAACAGGGCUCAGCCUUCCUGAUAAGACAAGGGGCUCAUGUUCAGUGAUGUUACCGUUACUGUCUUCACCAAUAACACCACUUUCAAAGCUUGAAAAAGUCACUUUCAGCUCUCUCCCAAUUGUGCUUACACUGAGCUCUUUUUGGAGCAAGAGGAGGCUUAUGAGGAGUUGAGGUCACUGGCUGUGGGCACUCAGACAAGGAAGAUUAAAAAAAACGCUCCUCCUGCCAUUGGUAGUCACAGAAACACUGAGAAUGGCACGGAGGAGUUGUGUGGCAGCCUAGAAGUCACGCUGACCCAUAAAUCCCCAUGCAAACUUCAAAAGUACUGUGUAAAAAGGCAGACCAGAAAAACCUGUCACCCUCCCUUAACCUGGCAACUGGGAAAACCCAUCACCUGCCCUUUAGGGGCUAAAGAAAGGUUGAAAAUUUGACUUUUGCACAAGUCUAUAUAGUGAUCAUCAGUUGGCACUUCCUACCAAGCUGCUACAACCAAUAACAUAUUAUUCGAUCUCAUAAUUCAUACUUGUCAUGCUUGUGGCCAAAGCCGGUUUUGGGGAUCUUGGGUUAAGCCCGAGUAACAGCACCCUUUGAGCUAUCCACUGCUGCAAGUGCCAAACCACCACCCCAGGAGACAGGACACAGCUCCUGCCUGACCCCCAGUACCCAUGCACUGCUGGGUGGAGAGGGACAGGGUGAAAGAAGACUGUCUACACUCUGCCUAGAAAUCAAACCCAGGAUCUCUUUGUUGUGAACUGAGCAUGCGAAUCACUGCACUAUAAAAUACUCGAUAUAUGCAUGAUAUAUACAUAGAGAAACUUUUUGUUUCUCUUUUUGUCUCCAUGGUCUUGAUGGUGUGUUUCGUGUGAUAGCACAGUCACUUGGUACCCAGCUUGAUACUUCUAUUCAUUAUCUCUCUCUAAACUUGUUACACAUUUUUCUGACCAGAUUUUUACCUAUUUAUUAGAUGCCAACUCUAGAGUGAAGAACUGAUGGUAGUGACUCAUAGAAAGCAGAGGUUUAUCCAUGUAGAUUAUAAUUAAUACCAAUGCCAAAAUUGACACUCAUACUUGAUAUAUUCUCUAGAGACAAGCAAAUGGGUUUUUCAGACCAGAUUUUUACGCAAUUAACAUAAAUCAGGAAGAAGACUGUAGGAAGACGAGUAAUGAGAAUGGAAGUACAAGUGAGAAGGAAGAGAAGGAGAAGGUGGGUGAGAGACAAAAGAUCAGUGAGCUAAUAGUACAAAACAGACCACAGUGGAGGAGCCUCACACACAUCAGUGACCCCGUUAACUUGGGACAGUAAUGCUGAGAACAGAUACAAUUGCAAAGAAGGGCUGAUGGUGCUGGUUUUGAAAGAAGUGGAGUGCCACCAAUUCAGAUUAUAUUAUUACUUUGCUGAUACAUACUGAUGCUCACAGUAAAUAUCUUCCCCUUUAGACACUUCCAUGACUUUCUUCCCCUUUAUUUUCUUCUUAUGACUCAAACUCUUUCCUUCUGCCUCCUUCCUAUGACUUUCUUUCUUCCCUCUUUACUUUCCCCUUCCUAUGACUCAAAUUCUUUCUUUUUACCUCCUAUUUCUUCCUUCCUAUGACUUCAACUUUAUUUCUUCCCUUGGUGUGUCUCCUUUACUGUAUUUUUUUUAUGUAUCAGUUGAAAAUAGCAAAUAUCAAUCCCCACAAUAAGAAAAAAGUGAGCAUAUACCACUACUACCAGUACAAAUAUAUGGGACACCCCUUAUAGAAGUAUAACAAGGACUGGUGACCCUUCUCCCCAAUGACAAACUCACUUUUUGCUCAGUGGACAGGCCAAUGCCCAAGUAGACUGGGUUAAAUCUCAUGACAUGCAGAAAGACACUGUCUCUGCAGCACACACAGGACAGAACCAUUUUCAUUGAUCUUCGGUGACUAGUGGCUGAGUGGAAAGAAAGUAUUACAUCUUAUGACAGGCAGAAAGGCUAGCAUAUACAUAUAGAACAGCACCAUUUUCAUAGAUCUCCGGCAACUAGUGGCUAAGUGGAAAGAAAGUGUUGUAUGUUACUGGUGUAUUUUAUGGCAUGCAGUAAGAUUCCAAGUCUCUUCAGCACAUACAAAAUCUCACCACUCUCAUAGGCCUCCAAGGGUUGAAGUUUACCCUCUGUACAUUGGCCACCUAAGGCGGCUAACUUAUCCAACUGAAAGAAUUAUCUAGUAUGCUAUAAUUUGCUUACAACUUUUUGAUCCCUACAAAACAGGUUAUGUAAAGAGUCAGAACAAACCACCUUCUUUGACAAGUAACUCAGUAAUGCAAUUUUUAUUCAGAUUUGUUGAAAGUUUUGUUAUAUUCUGGAAGGGUUAAUAAACUUUGGGAGGGAUUCAUAGGUAUUCAACUUUAUUAACUUGAGAGGCUGCCUGAAAAAAAAAAGUAAACUAUUACCCUUGAAUUUCUAGCGAUGCAAGUUGGCAGAACCUCUGUUUCUGCCAUUGCCUGUGACUUGCCGAGAAAACCUUAUGACAUGCAGAAAGGUGUCAUGCCUUCUCUCUGUUGCACCUAAAGACUAGCAAUACUGUCCUGGAUCUCUGGUGACGCAAGUUAGGAGAAAGAACAUCAUUAUCGGUAUUGCUUGUGCCUCCCCAGGAGGGUCAUUCUUGUCUUGUGAUGUAGCCAAGAGAUCAGCAUUAAGUCCACCUGCUCAGUAUAAUGCUCACACACUUCUCUAUCAUCUCUAGUGAUUAAGCUAACUGCAUAUUCUCAGAGAGGCUCAGCAUAAUGCUCUAUUCUGUCUAGUAAUUAAGUUAAUACAUAGCAUAUUCAUGGACAGGCUCAAACUAGUGUUCACACUUACUCAGUCUUACUAGGGAGAAAAGAGACUUGUCAAUGUACCAAGAACCAAUAACUAACUAAUGACAGUCUUACUAGAAAGGAAAGUGACUCGGCACUAAUGAGAAUCAAUAACUGACAAAAAGUGACUUAGCAAUGUAACAAGGGCUAAAUGACAGUCUUAUGAGGAAGGAAAGUGACUCAGUACUGUAACAAGAAUCAUUACUAACUAAUUGACUGGCCCAUCUUAAUGCUCAGACACCCCCUCAGGCUUAAGAUAGAGGUAGACAAAUCAACAUUAUAAUAAACCUACAACUGACUGACUGUCUAAGCUACUGGUGCAUCACAAUUAGAAGCAUCAAAUUUUUCCUGAUUGAAGUUGGAGCAUUGACUUAUCAGUGCAGCAGUGUGGAGGAUUAUGUGAAGUUGUCAGUUUACUCUUUGUCUAACUUGUUCAACCUGAACACCACACUUCUUUAUAGCUGUAAUGUGAAUUCCUAUGAGGCUGCUAUUUUGGGGUUGCGGUUUGUGGUCAAAGACUGGAUGUUUUCCUUAAUAAUAUGCAGUUGUAAUGGCCCUAGACGUGGAUAAAGACUCCAAAGACAGCUGUAGGGUACCAUUAGCUUUAUCUUGCAAUGCAAGAUAUGGCAAAUUGCUUCACUCACUCACCGCCUAUGCUCCCAGCGGUCCUGCUGAGCAAGCUCCCACGCAGCUGCCCUAUCCAUCCCAAGUCCUUCCUGGCACGAUCAGCUGACUUGCCCCAUCCAUGAGUUACGUGGGCAUCCCUUUGGUCUCCUCCACUCAGGGUUGUCUCGCACAGAAGCAACCCUGUGAGCAGGAUCAACGUCUGGGAGGUGUGCCUCGUGCCCAUACAUCUGGAGUUAGCAUUCAUGGACUAAGCUGGUACAGGCCUUGAUGCAGUUUCAUAGUCGCUGGUUCAACUUCGACACAAAGUCAUUUCAGCAAUGCCACAUGAUCCUGUGAAGCACUUGGUACCAAAGGCAUUGACACACCUCUCAAUCUCAAUCAUACAGUAAGACAGGGAGCACGAGCAACUUAAAGAUUUGAAUCUUUGUCCACCUGCAAAGAUAUUGAGAACGCCAUAUACUCGUGUUGAGUGAGUCCAUAACAUUGUGGGCCAGGCCAGUCUGUCAAGUGACUUCCUGGUAAGACCCACCAUUGUUAUGCACUAUGCUACCAAGGUAUGGGAAGCUUUUGGUGACCUAGACAUCCUCACCACGUGCAGGAGCAGACUGAACUGUGUCAACCAGCAAGAUUCAAAAUGACUGGACCUUGGCUUUGGCCCAGGAGACCUUCAGUCCUAGAGUUUUUGCCUCCUCAUGAAGCACAUUGAGAGCCAUCACCAAGACCUCAAGUGAUUCUGUAAAAAGUACAGCAUCAUCCGCAACAACACUCUCCUCUAUAUUCCCCAUUGACUCCCUCGAGGCAACGGCACGCCACAAAUAAGACUGAUAAAAAAUCCUACGAGAUCCAAUUAUACGUAACCUCAUCCUUCUUCAUUUUUUGUAUUUUGAAUUUUUUUGCACAUAUACAAUUGGUCACAUCUGAAUCAAAUUAUGGUUUGGUCUUUUUAUUUCUUUAAGUAAAGCUUAUAAAAUUUCCAGCAAAGAUCCAUCAGUAUAUUAGAUUUUAGGUGGAUGGUCCCCUUUAGGACAGCAUGUGGGUAGUCUUGGGCCACUCGGAAGUGACUGAAAAAUCUCAGCUUGAGGCGGUGGGCAGGACUUGAACCCGCAUCCUCCUGGACAGGACGCCAGGACGCUAACCACACAGCCAUCUCCUCCCCAAUUAGCGCAUCAUAUAAGUAUUGGAGCAUCGGUAUCAGUAUCGGCUGACAAGUGGGUAACAGUAGUGGGUACCAAUGCAAGAUGGCGCCACUAUAAACACUCGCCUGCGCCAGAACGGGCUGGGCCGACCAUCAGGCCCCACCGGGAAGAAGCCUUGGGCCGACCAUCAGGCCCCACCGGGAAGAAGCCUACCGGCGCAAUAGGCCGCGACGUUAAAAAAAAAAAAAAUAAAUAAAUAAAAAAAAGUAUCGGUAUCGGCCAACAUCGUGGUAUGUACUGGCACAUCUCUAAUUUCUACUUCUUGAAGCACAUGAGAAAUUGAUCAAUUCUGGAGAAUAAAUAUCUUUCCCAACAGUCUGCCCAGGAACAAACAGUAUUGGCUAUACACGCAGCGGCAAACACAGCCACCCGGAGAACUGUCAGAGGUACUUUUCAUAGUGAACUCGGUUCUUUUUUUCUAUUUCAUGAUUCCAGAUUACAAGUUAGUGUUUGGUGCCAAAUGUCCAAACAAAGUGCCUACUGGUCAGGAAAAAUAUAUUUAACCCAUUGCUCGUAGGUUGAAGACCACCUGUCAACCCAGACUCUAGAUUCUCUCUCUAAAGAGAGGCUCAAAGAUGAGCUCCAGGGGGCAGUGUGAGCCAAGCAAAAUAGUGCCACUUUAAACCAUCAGGCCUCACCAAGAAAGCCUACUGGCACCAUAGGCAAAAAAAAAAAAAAAAAAAAAAAAAAAACUGAUACUGAUACCAGUACUUUUUUAUUAUGAUUACGUAUCUGUAAGAUUAUAAAGUAAAGAAUAACGUGUAUUGGUCUUGAAUCGCAUAAUAAAUAAGCCAAAAAAGUAUCGGAGUAUCAGCCACAUUUUCACUUUGCCGACACCGAUACCGAUACUACAAAAAAAGGCCGAUAGUGCCGAUACCAAUACCGAUUUUAUCAGCACAUCUUUAGUAGAAAUACCUCUUUUUGUGCGCUGGCACUGAGGUUUGAACCACCUCCCUUUCAACCACUGCACUGCACUCAAAACUGAGCACUCCACAAUCUCCAUAAAGUACUUAUCACAUUUGCAGUUAUAUAUAAAUAUAAGUCAAAGUACAGUGUUCAAUUCACACUUUUGUAAAACAUGAAAAAUAUUGUAAUCUGUAGCCACAGAAACCUUCCACACUGCUCUGGACAGCAACUAGACACUGUCUCAUACAGGGACUUUAUAAUACUAUGAAUUCUCAUUGACACUCAUGGGCUCAAUAUUAAGUCAAGUUGAUUUGCAUAGGUUUUUCAUAACAUAGGGAAAGGCAAGGGAAUCACUCAGUUGACAUUAGUUGUCAUGUUCUUGAGAAUACUGUCACUUUUCCAUCAGCCUUGUCACCACUUAACUUUGGCUGGAGCUCCUCUUAGGCACCACCUCAGGCAAUGCACAGCCCCAGAAAAAAGGAUUAGGUCAUUCAGGUGAACAGAAGAGUAGUGUAUAUCAUCUAGUAUUUUACCUUCAGUAGCCUAUCUCUUAUAAUGAUUAUCAGCAGCUUUACUCCUUUUAUAUCCUAAGAAAACAAGAAUUAUGGAGAACCAUUUACAUUUGUUUUCCCUUAUGUAGUAAACUUAAAAUUUUUUCCAAGUUUUCAGUCAUUACACAAAUUCAUCCUUUUAAUCCAGUUGUAGCAAGUGAGAAUUAUACUCUAAUUGAUUUUCCAUUAUAUUUACAGAAGUCACUAAAUGUGGUCUGACUGACUUAUUGAAGUCUCCUUAUAUCAUUGUGUGUCCUUGAGAGAUACAAUACUCAAAUAAGGCUGAGACAAGAUGUGGAUUUUGUGGGAUGGGGAAAGGAACCUAAUCCUGGAAUCUGUCAGUGUGUUUGUAAGAGGAAAAGUAGGAAAGAUGUGUGACAAGGGCUACUCACCUGAUUGACCUUUCCUGCUCACUAGUUUAUUAGAGGGAAAAGUUCAAAACGGACCAGAAAGGCUUUGACAGCAGCCAUGUCAGCCCUCACUCUAUGCAUUUUACAUAAGAAUGAGGCACUGAGGAAUUCUUGAGGGUGUCAUAGGUCAGGAGGAAGAGAGGAGGGUUAAAGGCAGCAUGAAAAGAUAGUGAAUGAAAAAUGAAGGAUAAAUUAGGAGCAUUUGGGUCCUGCCAUUAGGCAUAGGGGUCGCAGCAUCUCACAGUGACUCAGAUUUCAGCCAUGUUUGUGUUUGGGUGUUUUAUUUUUUUGUGUUUGUGUGUGUACUCACCGUCUUGUAUGCCUGCCAUGCCCUUGUGUUUAAGGGUCAGAGUGCAUCAGUACUAAUAAUACAAGGUUAAAUAUCAGCAUCCCUUGAGGACUGGAGCGUAAUUGUCAGUUAAUGAGUAGCUGUGCAGGGACAGACUUGUUAGUUCUCUAUCCAUGUAACAAUUGUGCUCUGAAUUAAGCCAACAUCUUGUCUGAUAUAUUUAGCAGUGCAGUGCUGUUGUACUGUGUUAAUAAUAUUCUAGCACAUAAAUCAUCAAACACCAUGCAGCACUAAAUCAUAAAUCUGAAACAGCAAGUUGUAUGAAGAGAAGGAAGGAUGUGUUGAUAUUAUGAAUUGACUUGGGAAGGAGUGGGACGUAAAGAAAGCAAAGGUAAGAGAUAUAAUAUCAUUCCAAGCUAGUUGAGUCAUGAACUGGAGUUCAAGGCAAAGCAACUUGAUUGCUAAGAGAAGGAAUGUUAUGGUAGUAUUCUGAAAGGACUUUGGUUAGGAAUGGAUUGUAAUGAACAUAGGACUAUUGCAAACUAGUUGAGUCAGGAGCUGGAGCUCAAGAGGAACUAAAGGUAAUAAGAGGACACAGCUCAAUGAAAUUAACUGUUCACCAUGAAAAAAAUGUAAACAAGAAGCAAACUUACAGGUUAAUGUGUGGGGUAGUGAGGGAUUGUCUUAAUACCAAAGGGACAAUAUGCCAACACUGACAGAUUCCAGCCUUGUGUACAGUGCCAAGGUCUGUUACUUUAUUCAUAAGAUAUCCAAUGAGAAAAAAAUAUAUAUACAUACAUGUAUAUGUAUAUUGACAAUGCUGUGAUUUCACCUACUCAUGCGUAUGAAUGAGGACAUGUACUAUGUACUUGAAUCUUACACACACACACACACACACACACACACACACACACACACACACAGGGGCAUGAGGAAUGAAAUAACUGCUCUGGUAGCUCAGUGGUAAAGCUCUGCCCUGCCAGGCUUCACAACCUGGCAGGUGUGGGUUUGAGCCCUGCUCAGGCCAGGAAUUUUCCACUGACAAUGAGUGGUUACUGUCCUCCCUUGAGCAAGGGCGAUGUGAUGUGUGAAGGUCCUGGCAGUACCCAGAGAUCGAUUAUAACGAGCCUCGUUCUAAUCAGGAGGGUACUUUCUGGCAAUGACGAAUCCAGAUAGUGAUCAGGCUGUGGGAAAAUCACACACACACACACACACACACACAUUAGGAAAAGAAUAGAGAAAGGUGACAUAAUUACAGCGUUAAGGGUAAUGAUAGUCAUCGGAAUUGAUAGUAGGCUGUUAUAAGAAUGAGAGUGACAAAAGAACUAGAAAGAAAUUACAGAAUAUGAGGUGUUUGAAAGACAUCAAAAAAUAGUUUUACAUAUAGAUGCACUGAACUGUGGAAUGGCCUGGACAGGGAGAUCCUCCAGUCAAAAUCUGUACAGGAGUUUGACUGAUUAAGACAGAGUGUAGGUCAUUUCCUGUAUAUAACAUAAAUACACACACACACACACACACACACACACACACACACACAUACACACACACACAGGGGCAUGAGGAAUGAAAUAAGGGCAUAGUUUCUAGAAUUCACCAUCUUGUUUGCCAGUACAUAAUAGUCUAUAUGUGUAUAAAUAUUUUUUACAAUGUUAGAAAUUUUAAAAGAUAAACUAUAUAUAUAGAUUAUUAAUAUUAUUACCAUUAAAUAAUUAUUGUUCCUUGGUCUCCUAAGAUAUUGUGGGUCACUUAUUUAGCCUGGGAUAAAAUUGGGUUCACUUCAUACUGGAUGCAAUGCUGAGUAUGCUGUGGGCACACACUCGCAAUGUCUGUUAAGUGACCGUUCACACCGAAAGUGAUGUUUACAAGCAUUACUUUUGAUUCUAAGUCUUAUUUUCAGAAAGCACUCCCACCCACAAAGCUUGAGUCAUAAUUUUGAUCAGGCCUAUGGUGAGGUCUGGUCACUUCCUUGUAAGAUGCAGGAUGUAGCACAGACCUGAAAUCUAUAAAGUAUCAGCUUUCCCCAUUAAUGAUCUGAGAGGAAAGUGAAAUCUUUAGUUAAUGAUACAUAAGUGAGAAGUGUUAUAGGUAAAUUUCAGGUUUACAUAAGGUUUGCUAACCACUACACCAUGGAGCAGCCAUGAGAGGAAAGAAGGAUAAUAAUGUGGGAAUUAGAAUUUGCUUAUGCUUAAAGGGUAUGGAUAAAGUAGAAUAUCAGAGUUAGAUAAAAAGUCAAAUUUCCUUCAGUGUUCAUUUUCUUCACCCUCACAAAUGCUCUAGUAGUCAUGGACAGAAAUAGAAUAUUGCAAUUAGCUAAAGUCUUUCCCAAGCAGUAACCAUUUCCUUCACCCCAGCUAGGCUCACAAACACUAGUAUGCAUGGAUAGAAGUAGAAUGCUAAAAUUAGAUAAAACGUCAAUUUUCCAAAGCAGUGACCAUUUCCUUUGUCCCAGCUUACUUUCCAUAUGCUUUUGUGUGCGUACCUGAGGAAAGCUACAUUGACAAGUACAGCUGAGGAGGUGGUAAACUUUCUAGGGGCUGCUUUCACAGUCACUUUGUUUGUUUUGAUCGUUACCAAUGGCGGCAAUCGACGCUAUAAUUUUCCACGUGAAACUGGCCUAUGGGAUAGUGGCGGCUGCAGAGGAAGGGAGACCUGUUGAGAAUGUGUGGUAAGGUGCGGGGCUAGGCUAACCCCGCAGCCGCCACUACCCCAUCGGCCAGUUUUACGUGGAAAUACUAUAGCAGCGAUAACAGCCAUUGGUAACAAUCAAAACAAACAAAAUGACUGUGAAAGUGGCCCUAGGUGUGUAGCCAUGCCUCUCUUGUCAGACAUGAAGCAUCAAAGCCGGUGUGAACGACCUCUGAAAAAAAAAGACGGAGUUGGAAGCCACGUCGCUCUCCAUUCACAUCAAAGUUGCAUCACAUCCAGUAUAAAAUGGCCUUUAGUCAGUUCUGCGGUGUGUCUGUCUGUAUGCAUGUCUGUGUCCGUCCAUAUUACUGGGGUUACACGAGCAACUCUUUGGGUGUUUCUUUAUUUACACUGCAUUGUAUUCUACCAUGUUUUGCUCUGUUCUGUGCAUUUGCUGUGAUGAAAAAACAAAAAUAUGUAAAGUCUUCCCUCAGAGAUGUUAUGUUUGAUGAUUGUUCUUUCCUAAACAUCCAUAAAAAAACUGCAUAAUGAUAUCACUUAUUUCAAACACUUAUGUCUGCAGAGAGAGAGAGAGAGAGAGAGAUAGAUACGUUAAUUAGGAAGAAUAAAUCAUCAUAGUCUAGUAUAUAUGAGGCAUGCAAAAUAAAAACCUGAUUACAUUUAAGGUUCAGAAAUAUAUAUGAAAUCUUAAAUUGUGUGAUUCAUCAGGUGUAUAUGUUACCAGUGGAGGACUUUCAAGGCAGUUUCCAUGUAGAGGGCAGCACCAUGCGUAUAGUGCCUUGAGUCUUGAGCUUGCAACGUAACUUCAGACGGAGAGGCCGAUAAGCAGAGUGCUGCCCUCUACAUAGACUCGGUUUCGAAAGUCAUCUUUGUUGACCUUGUAUGAGGGAAGUGUAUCCUUGACUGGUGUGUUUUCCUAUUUGAUGCUGUGCUGCACUUUUCUGUUUUUUUUAUUAUUUUUAAUGCCCAGAUAACUUGUAUAAAUGUAUUAGUAAAAUGGCUUUGAGACAGACUGUUACAAGCUCAUCGCGAAUUCACAAUCCUUGAAAUCUACAAAUAUGUAGUUAUAGAUAUUAAAUGUUAUCAUUUUAUUAUUUUUAUUUGUUGGCUUUAUUAUUAUUUUUUUUAUUAAUAUUAUUACUAUUAAUAUUUGCAAAAAUACUAAUUGUUCAAAAUGCAAUGUUAAUGUAUUUUUCAUUAUUAUUAACGUUGUUGCUGAGGCAGGAUGCAUAAUGGUAACUAUGGCAGAGUAGUUUUGGCAGGAAACAGCGAAAAGAAGCAACGGGUGAAGCAGGUAUGUGACGUGGGGCUGUUCUUCACGACACCUCUCACCAUGCUCCCCCUCUCGCUUAUACCACCCCUACCAUACCAGGCAACCAAGCCCUCUUCAAGUGUAGAGUGGGGAGAGGAAGGCAGUCUGAAGCCAGCAACCAACCAUGCACCACUUUCUUCCUUCUGGUCCCACUGAUGCGCCUGGGCCAGUAGCUUCAAGUAGGCCUUCAGUGACACUCACCCAUCAAAAUCCUGAGGCUUAUGCCUACACAUGCUCCUCUGGGCUGGAGAAGAGUUAGAAGUGAGGAGCAUGGAAGCAUGGGGAGAGUUGGCAGGAAGCGAGCCCGAUUUUUUAUUACGAUCCACAGACUCAGGCUUAAGUGUUAGACCUGACAUUGCUCGCUGAGAGUCGUCCUGUGCAUCACUGAGCUCACUCUGUCACUUAGCUGGGUCACUGUGUAUGUCAAGAUUUGCGCUGCUUCCUCCAGCUUUUCUACUCCCCGUAUCUCAUUCUUCACCUAAGCGCACCUAAGUGUCAACUUUUUGCCACCUGCAGUGUCCUACUUAUCUCGUGCCUCAUAUCAUCCUGUACUUUUCUCUGUUCCUCUCUCAUCACCUGUAUGAGGGCCAUCAUGUUGGCCAGCGAGGGCCCACCGUUAGAUCCUGUAGCUCCCUUACUGUCCGUCAUUUUGCUCUUCAGACGCAUGAGCUCCCUUCCCUUGAGCCACACAACCAGGUGGCAAUCAACUUAGCACUCAGCUUUGGAUUCCACUCCUGAUACCAGCAUUGCUCAUGCAGACAGGUGGGAGGAAGGUGAAACACAAAUUUCUUCCAAGCCAUAUAUUGAUCCCCACAUACAAUAAUACUUGGCGGCAGUAACAAGAACAAAGGGGAUGGGGUGACAGUAGAUGCAAAGAGUGGUGCUUGCCUGGUGUCUGGCUUCACACUGCCUUCCUCUCCCUGCUCUACUCUUGAGAAAGGCUUGGCUGCCCGGUAAGGUAGCUGUGGUAUGAGGGAGAGGGGUGACACGGAGUGAGAGGUGUCAUGAAGAACUGCCCCAUGUCACGUACCCUCUUCACCUGCUGCUUCUCUUCACUGCUCCAUGCCGAGAUUACUCUGCUGUAGUUGCCGCUACACACCUGCCUCCACAACAUUAUUACUAUAAUUAUUAUUAUUAUGAUCAUUAUAAUUAUUUUUUCCUUCAAAAAAGUUAAUUAUGAAAUUUUAUUAUUUCUUAUAUUUACUAUUAUUAUUAAUAUAUAGGACAAUGGUUUAAAAAAAAGUAGCUAGGAUAUGUCUGCCAAACAUUGCAGGAUGCUCAGCUGAAUUAUGUGUUUUGCCAAGGGAAUUUUCAUUAGUGUUACAUAGAGAAUCAGUUUUGUAACAGAUUCAUGUUCAACAUGUACAGACUAAAAUUACACAGGAUUUUAUGA